AAUAAAAAAGUGGAGCUAUUAUCUAUUAUUUCUCUUCUCUUGUACCUCUUGUAUAACAUUAGUGCAACAUUUCUUCCAUAAAAAUCUCUUAAUAAGUCGGUGCACUUUUUUUAAACAUUGGUUUUGGUGGUGUGAACUUUUUUCUUUUGAACAGAAAAUUAAAAGAUGAGCUCCAUUCUUGAUGACCCCUCAAUCCUGGACCGAACGGUCACUGAGAUCGAGAAGUUGUCAUGAAUCAAACUCGGGUCUUACUUAUUUGACACUCCUUGUCUUUGCCAACUGCGCAAUGUCCACCCGUUUUUUUAUUUUUUUGAAGGAUUGGUGGUGUGGACUUAAGUACACAACUAGUAUAAAGUUGGUGCACUAACUCCCUCUUUACUAUCCCUCUGCUUCUUCCUUCAUCCCCAGUCCUCCCAUCCUCCCCUGCUCUUCCUCACCCAUCAAUUAAUGAACAAUUCUUGAACUUCGCGGCGGAGAUAAAUCCCAAAAACCAAACAAACAAUGACGCUCCUCCCCCAGCCGCUCAUCUCCGCCCCAUCAGUAUUAUUAAUAUUCUUAUUCACUCUGCCUCUACGCGCCGCUUUCGCCGGCGCAGGAAAAGUCCCGGCGGUGAUAGUGUUCGGCGACUCCUCCGUGGAUUCCGGCAACAACAACCAGAUCGCCACCCUUCUCAAGAGCAAUUUCGAGCCCUACGGCCGCGACUUCAUCGGGCAACGACCCACGGGGAGGUUUUCCAAUGGCCGGGUCCCGCCCGACUUGAUAUCUGAAGCCAUCGGCCUCCGCCCCUUCGUCCCCGCCUACCUCGACCCCGCCUACAAGAUUUCUGAUUUCGCCGGCGGCGUCUGCUUUGCCUCCGCCGGUACCGGCUAUGACAAUGUCACUUCUGACGUCCUAAAUGUGAUACCCUUGUGGAAGGAAGUGGAGUACUACAAGGACUACCAGAAGAAACUGAGAGCAUUCGCCGGCGACCGGAGAGCGAACAGAAUAAUCCGGGAAGCUCUGUACCUGGUGAGCAUGGGGACGAACGACUUCCUGGAGAACUACUACCUGUUGCCGGGGAAGAGGGCGAAGCAGUUCACGGCCGACGAAUUUGGGGCGUUCCUCAUCGGAAUUGCAGAGGAGUUCGUGAGGGAAAUAUACGCGCUGGGCGCCCGGAAGAUAUCCCUCGGCGGCCUUCCUCCGAUGGGGUGUCUGCCCCUGGAGAGGACCGUGAGCUUCCUCGGCGGCUAUGCCGCCGGCGUCUGCAACGACCAGUACAACGCGGUGGCUGUCCGGUUCAACCGGCGGUUGAAUUUGCUGAUCAAGAAACUUAACGGGGAGCUCCCCGGAAUCCGAAUUGCUUACUCUGAUGUUUACACUAUCUUGUCUCAGAUCAUCACUAAGCCUUCUGCUUACGGGUUUGAGGAGGCAACAGUAGCUUGUUGCGGGACAGGGCUGAUAGAGAUGAGUUACCUGUGUGACGGGAUGAACCCGUUGACGUGUACGGACGCAAACAAGUAUGUGUUCUGGGAUUCCUUCCAUCUCACCGAGAGAACCAACCGCCUUGUCGUUGAUUACCUGAUGAAAACCACACUUCGCCGUUUUUUCGGCUUAUAAUAAUUAUAUCUAUAUCUAUAUUCUAUAUAUACUGCAUGCAUGCACAGCACCCCUGCCCUAUAUAUGCAUUCUUUUUUUUACAAUACGGAUCGGAGUGUGCAUUAGAAUUGCCAAAACCAUGCAAAUACGUUAUUGUGAUUAUUAUUGUUAAUUAACUACGGAGUACGAAGUAGUUAUUAUUACGGAGUAUAUUGUUGUACAAUUUAGUACUCCCUCCGUCCCAUAAAGUGUUACUCAUUUU